AUGAUUUUUAAAGUGGUCCUUUUAGCGGGUCUAGUUACUGUAGCGUACAGUAUCAGUUCCAAAGGUUUAGCAAGUUUAUCAUCACAAAAUCGUCCAACAUACGCCAGAAUUUUAUCUCAAUCUCAAGACACAAAUCCCGAUGGUUCUUAUCACUACAGUUUUGAAACUGAAAAUGGCAUCAAUCAGCAACAAUCUGGAGAACCAAGGCAAAUCGGAAAGGAGGUUGGAGUAGUAGUACAAGGAUCUGCAAGCUGGACCGAUUCAGAAGGAAAUGGUCAUCAGUUGAACUAUGUUGCUGAUGAAAAUGGAUAUCAACCUCAAAGUCCCGAUAUUCCGGUACCGCCAGCAGUUCCAGAACAAAUUGCUAGGGCUCUGGAAUGGAUUAGAAGUCACCCUGAAAAGCCUGAAAAACAGCUUACAUCGGCUCGCGGCGAUGUCAAAUCGUUCUUAACUGAUGUAGACGUCAGGGCACUCAAGCUGAACUUGGGAAAACUUCCCAAAUUGGCUGUAAUGGACUUGGGGAGUAAUGUCCCAUCUCGAUCCGACUGUGCCAGUUGUGUUUUGUGUCGUGAUAUUCGAAGAUAUUCUCUUUUACUUUUCAUCGGCGCUAUGAAAGUCCUGAUUAUCUUAGCCGUUGCUUUGACAGCCUGUUUGGCUCAAAGACGCAACUCAAUCCAAGUUGAUCAGUACCAAGACAACCAACCAGCCGAGUCAGCAAACCAACAGUACCAAGCUCCAGAACAACAGUACCAAAAUCAAGACGCCAGGUCCAAGUCUAGAGAAAUUACCACACCCAUUCCUAUUAUCCGAUACGACAAAGAGCAAGGAGACGAUGGGUCUUAUAAAGCAGCUUGGGAAACCGGAAAUAACAUCCUUGCCCAAGAAGAAGGUUUUUUGAAACCGUUAGGACCUGAUCCAGAUGAGGAAGGAGGUAUUCUUAACGCUCAAGUUCAACAAGGCUCCUACUCAUAUACAGCCCCAGACGGUCAAAUAAUCACCGUCAACUACAUUGCUGACGAGAAAGGUUUCCACCCAACAGGAGAUCACUUGCCAACUCCUCCUCCAGUAAGUGCAGAAGUACAAAAAGGCUUAGACCUGAUCUUCGCCGGUAUCAAAGCUCAACAGGAAGCUGACGAGAGGGAAGCCAGAGAAAAUCCACAAGGAAAACGGCCACAGGAAGAGGAAAAACCCAAUUACAAUGGCCAGUACAGGCAGUAACCUGAUUAGCCAAUAUCUAUUAGGAGAAUCUACUGACCUAAUUUUGUGAUGAUCAUAAUUAUAUUGUUACGACAAAGAUUAUAUUAUUUUUAUAGACUGAAUGUUAUGAAAAGGGAAGGAGUAUAAACGUUAAAUAAUAUGUUUAAAAAUAAAUAUUUUAAAUGUGUAUACUCAUAUUAAGUAGGUACUCCUGUAACAGUACAACUUAGUAAUUUUUCUUUUCAGUAAUCAUUAUAGAUAUUGAUCUAUAUAUGAUUAUUUUUUUUAAUAAAUAUUCA